AUGGCAAAGACCCUCAUCAAUUCCAUCUACCUAUCUCCUCUUUUGAUCGUCUUGUUGGUUUCGAAUGGGUUACCAAAAGCAAAGGGUCAGACUCAGUUAUGUUUUGAAGAGCAAGGUCCAGCGGAUGCCUGUACUCCUACUGCAGUAGUGACUCAAGAGUGUGAAGCUUAUUGCAAGAGUAUCGAUCCAACCUGGACUGGACAAUGUGACUUCAACGAACCUGCAAAUCUUCACUGCCACUGCUACGAACCUUGUUGA